UGAAUAGAGUAAAAAAUCACCAUAUUUAAUUCGGUUUAGUUAGAAAUAAAAUCGAAAUUUGAUUAAAUUGUGUGUUAAAUCCAAAGUUGUAGGAGUCAUUUGGCUACGGCAAAACAAGCUACGACAAAUUCCCGCCAAAUUCGGACUUGUUCGUAGCCAGUAAAGCUUAACAAACUGUUUGUACCUUGUCACACAUUUUCUGAUAUUCCAAGGAUAUAGCUGCCCAAAGAAUAGUCAAUUUCAACAAUGUUACGUUCAAAAUCAAGGCCCGGGGUCUUGGAUUUUGGAGGAAAGCGAUCAGUUCUUUCAAGAAUUUGUAGAGGUGAUCCUAUGAUCGAUAAAGCGGCUCAUGUUUCUGGUGGACAAGGAUCAUCUGUUGAAAGAAGGCCAUCUGCGAAGAUUGUGAAUUCGUCCGAGAAUGGGGUUGUGAGAGUUUCAACCAUGCAAAGGCAGAUGAAUAAGCUUGAUGAGGACAUGAAGUUGAUGAAGGAUCAGCUUGAUGCAGUUAUGGAAGAAAGAGAUCGAGCGUUUGAUGAGUUGAGGGAUUCGAAAUUAGUGGCUCAUGAGGCCAAGAUGAGAUUGAGCAAGGCAUUGUCUCCGCGGUCUCCUCGCUCUCCUCGGAGAGGAGCUGAGGAUAAAGAUGCGUUCUCUUAUGGUUUAGAUGAGGAAUUGCGUAUUGCCAAGGCGGCUGAGACACGUGCUAUGAAUUUAUAUGCAGAGAGCAAGAAACGGAUAAAUAAGCUGGAGGAUGAAAUUGAGAGAGGAAAGCAAUCGGAGUCCAAGAUGUUUGAGUCUAUAGUGUCGCAAACUAAACAGCUUGAGGUGACUAAAAUGGAACUGGAAGAGUCCAAGCUUGAAAUAGCUUUCCUUCAUGAGCAAUUGGAGAUGGUGCGAAAUUCAUCUCCAACGAAAGAUUAUGAACAUGGUGAUUUAGAUGUAGGGGCAUUUCGGAGUCUGAGGUCUGAGCUUGAACAGACCAAGGCAAUUCUUGUACGUGCUCAGGAGGGGGAGAAGGCAGCAUUGUCGAAAGUGAGUGACCUGAUGGAUGAAAUAGAAAUGCUGAAGAUUGAGCUCCAUGCUGCAGUCGAGGCAGAAGAGAAGAGUCAAAAGGCCAUGGAACACCUGGCUUUAGCAUUAAAAGAGGUUGCAACAGAAACAAAUCUAGAAAAAGAAAAAGUUAGCUCUACAGUGAUGGAACUGGAGCAAGCACACGAGGAAGCGGAGAAACUGAGGGCGAUGCUUAAGAAAAAUGAAGAAUUUUAUGCAAAGCUCUUGCACGAAGCAAAUCAAAAGUAUUUGAUGCACCAGAACACGGUGGAGAGACUCAGACAGGAAGCUGAGGAAUCGAUUUUGGCAUGGAAUGGUAAAGAAAUGGGAUUUGUUGAUGUCAUCAAAGAAGGUUGCGAGGAAAGAGAGAUUCUGCAACAAGAGAAAGCUAGACUUUAUGAAUCCCUAAAAGCGGCUGAGAACGAGACAAGAGUGGCAAAAGAUGAUAAUCACAAACUCAGAGAUAUACUAAAGCAAGCUCUUCAUGAGGUAAAAAUGUCGACAGAAGCUGCUGCUAUUGCCAGAGAAGAGAAUUCUGAACUUAAGGACACUUUAGCCGAUAAGGAUGAGGCCAUUCGUUUUCUCAUCCAAGAAAAUGCCCGACUACAAAUUAAUGGAGCGGAAGAUCAUGAGAAAACAAAGGAGCUUAAGCGUUUGCGCACAAGUCUAGCAGCUUUUACAGAGUCGAAGUUUGAUAGAGAAGAAAGCGGGAUGGACAGUGAGGUGGACACCUCGAAAUUCUUAUCACCAGAUUCUGUAUUCGAGGAAAACUGCAAAGAAGAAACAGGAAACGAGAUAACUGAUAAGUUGAAAGAGGCACUCAAGGGAUCGGUGUAUAGCUCUACGCCAGAGCCUCGUAGCCCUAAAACAAGGCAUUUCACCUGGAAAAAUUCUUUUGCAUCAACAGAAGAAACAAAAGCAAAUCGUGCUACAGAUUUUAAGAAUCCAGAUUCAAAUGUAGAAAAGCAUUCCCCAAAAACUACAGCUUUGUUCCAGAAAUUUGGAGAUAUUAUGAUGAAAAGUUUGUAUAAAAAGGAACCAACAGCCACAUACCACUAGGCCUUUUUCUGUAGAUUUAUUCUUCUUCUUCGUUUGUUUAGAAUUAUUAUUUUUCCCAUCAAAGUAUUACAGAUGUUUGAUUUUUGUGAAAUGAAACCUUGACCAAUGUAAAUUAAAAAAUGG